ACAUCACAUCGUAUCGCACAAGCAUCGCGCUUCGUCACUGGGUCAGGAUAAUCUGGCCUAUUGGAUCAGGAUUAACAGAAAGGAAGGAAGGAAGCAUCUGAAGGAAUGAAUGCGUAGAAUGUACUAUCAUCGAUUUUCAGGACUGAGAAGGUUGUUGCAUCAUCAGUUCUUUUCCUAUUCUCGUCAUUUUCAUUUUCCUUGUCCUCUCACCAUCAUCUCCCAGUUCUCUUUUCUUUUUCUUUUCUUUUCUUCUUCCCCUUCUCCCUCUUUAUUUCCGAUCUUCCUCCACUCCUCUAGCUCAGGUGCACAGUCACUGGAUUUGUCAAGGGCAAGAACCCAUCGCUUGUUGUCGCACUGCUAUCGUCUUCAUUUUUUUUAUCAUUGUCACUUCCAUCACUAUCAUCACCUUUUUCUUUUUUUUCUCGCCUUGUUUUGUGUGUAUCAUCACGUUACUAGCAGGUGUGUGCAUGGCGAACUCGCCUUUGUAGCGGCAGAGAAUCCUGGUGUAUAUGUACUACUACGACUGCUACUAUAGAUUAGCUGGAGCUUAGGCUGCACACUCACAGAGUUGAGAGCGGUGUAUAUCAUAUUUUCUUGGUCUUUACGUUGUGCAUUGCAAGGC